AUGGCUACUGGCAGUUAUUUUCCUCCUCCUGGAGCUUCCUCCAGCGUAUCGCCUCGAACUUCAUCUCCAGCAUCGUCGCCACUUUCACCCCCGCUCCAACAGCGCUCCAAUGCCUUAUCAAACCGAUUGACAAGUGUACUCUCCGUGUCGUACGCGGACUCGGAUAUACGCGAUGCGCUCGAAACUCUUAACCUCAGGGGUAUUCACAACACGGCGGAGGUGCGGAGGCAAUUGCGUCUCGAUGUGCAGAAGGAGGUAGUGGAUUGCAAUGCGGAGAUCGUGAGGGACUUUGGCAACGUCGCGGAGCAAUUGAAACGCAUCGGUAGCGUCAUAUCGAGUUUGAAAGAAACAUGCGACGAAAUGCGCAAGCACAUCGUGCUGGCCAAGCAGGACACGAACCCGGUUUUGGAAGAGGCAUCUGCGUUGAUGAACCAGAAGCAAGAGGCCGAAACGAAACAACGUCUGUUGGAUGCAUUCACGAAGCAUUUCAUAGUCUCGGAUGAAGAGCUCCUGGUGCUGGCUUCGGUUGAGGAGCCAAUAAACGACGAAUUUUUCGAUGUCCUUGCGCGGGUAAAACAGGUCCACCGUGACUGCGAAGCUCUGCUGGGUGCAGAAAACGAGCGGCUUGGUCUUGAGCUCAUGGAUAAAAGCUCUAGGAGUCUGAACUCGGCCUAUCAAAAGCUAUACAGGUGGAUUCAAAAAGAGUUCAAGUCAUUGAAUCUCGAGGAUCCCCGAAUCAGUAGCACUAUCCGCCGCGCUCUGCGUGUGCUGGCUGAGCGUCCAAGCUUGUUUCAUAGCUGUCUGGACUUCUUCGCAGAAGCGAGAGACUACGUCCUGUCAGAUGCGUUCCAUUAUGCCCUAACUGAUGCCGUCUCUGGAGGCGAUAAUGCCGUGAAGCCCAUCGAAUUCUCCGCCCAUGACCCCCUGAGGUAUAUUGGAGAUAUGCUCGCGUGGGUUCACUCCACAACGGUCUCAGAGCGUGAAGCUCUGGAAGCCUUGUUUGUUGAUGAGGGUGAUGAGCUUGCCAAGGGAAUUCGAGCCGGUCUAAGCAGCGAGCCGUGGUCACGCAUCGACGAGGAUGCAGAAGUUACUUUUGACGGACAAAAGGCCCUCAGCGAUCUAGUCAGUCGUGAUCUCAUUGGGGUUGCUCGUUCAUUGCGGCAGCGUGUUGAACUGGUGAUCCAAGGCCACGAUGAUCCAGUCACUUGCUACAAGGUCGUCAAUCUACUUUCCUUUUAUCAGACCACUUUUUCUAACCUGAUGGGCCCUAACUCCAACCUCGCCGACCUGCUCCAAGCCCUCGAAAAGUUCACAUUGAACCACUUCCAGACAAUAAUGCGCGACGAUGUCAGCAACCUCUCAACAGAUCAUUCCGCUCUUGCGCCUCCACACGAUCUAUCGGCGCCCCAGUUCCUGCUAGACUCGUUAGAGAUUCUAACAUCCGUGAUGAGAGCCCACGAAGCAUCUCUAGGAACAGACGAACUCAGCACCACGCCCGGAAUCGAAGAAAACAAAUUCACACCAGUCCUCCACGCAGCUCUCGAUCCGUUCUUCAGCCUCGCAAAAUCUUCUGCAGAUGAACUUACCAAUCCCACUGCGCGUGCAAUCUACCUUACAAACAUUCAUAUCACCGUACGCUCCUCCAUAUCACCCUUCCCCUUCGCAACAGCAACGCAUCUUCCUCCUCUCUCAUCAACACUCUCCACUCUCCGUGUCGAGCUCCUGGAGAUUCAACACCGCUAUCUCCUCAACACCUCAGGCCUCCAGGUCCUCAUAACUGCCCUGCAAACUUUCUCGCAAUCUCCAGGGUCAGGCACAGAUCAAGAUCUCGCCGCCAUUGCAAAACUCGCGGCCUUCCAGCCCGAGGCCCUCGUUGCUAUCAGUCAGCAACUAGACGACUUCCUCCCCUCCGCACUCAUGGACGCCACGGAUAAUCUGAAGCGCGUGCAGAAUGCGACCUUUGUGAAGAGCGUUACAGAAGAAGCAGUUGAGGCGUUUUGCCGUGAUUUCGAAUUUGUGGAGGGUAUGAUUAUUGGAGCUGACGAGGCCAGAUGCAUUGGGCAAGCUGACGGUGCGGUUGCGGAGGACGAAGGAGAUGAUAAAGAUGAAAAAGGAAGCGAACAGGAACAAAGCCUAAGGAGGUUGUUCCCGCGCACAACGGGAGAAAUCCGGGUCUUGUUGAGUUGA